AUGAAGAAUAAUGGUGAAAUAGCAAAAAGAAAGGAUGGGAAAAAAAAAGUUUACGAUCCUGUAAUAAGUAAGUUGAAAAAAGAAAAGAAAAAAAAAAAAAAGUUGGAAAAAAAAAAAAAAAAAUUGAAGGAAAAAAGUAAAAAUAAUGAAAUAUAUUCUGAUAAAAAGAGCAAUAAUAAAAGUGACAGUGACAUAAGCGACGAGUUGAUUGUUAAUUUUGAUUUAGUAGACCCAGAUAAUAUAUAUAAAGAUAACAUAAAAAUUUUGUUAAAAAAUUCAGAACUAUAUAGUAAUAUAAAAUGUUUUGAAGAAUUAACACAUAUAAUAUGUGAACAACAAAAUAUUGGGAAGUUUGUGUGCAUAUCAAAUGAAAAUGAAAAUGAAAAUGAAAACAACUUAAUCAGCUUUGCAACGAUUAUAAACUUAAAUCAAUAUAACGAAUUAAUAAGUUUAAAAGAGUUUUUUAUAAAUAAAAUUGAAAAAAUAAAUAAAAAUAUUGAACUUGAAGAAAAUCGUAAACAAAUUAAAAUGUUACUCGAAAACAAAAACUUAAAUAUUGGAUUAUUAAUUAGCAAUAGAAUAAUAAAUUGCCCUAUAUGUUUAAUUCCACUAAUCCAUAAAAAUAUAGGCGAAGAUAUUAUAUGGUCUCAAAAUAUUGACGAUUUAGAUCAAAAUGAAAAAAAAUUUUAUUUUUUCGAUUAUAUUUUAUUUUAUACUAAAGCUUAUAAAAAUGUAAAUAACAAUGAUCAAAUUAUUUUUUUUAAUUUUGAAGAAGAACAUUUUUUUAAACAUAAGUUGUACUACUUCAUGUGGAAUAACAAUAAUAUUAAAAAAUUUUAUGAAAUAGAAAAUGAAAAAAAUAAAGAAGCUAAUUAUAAAGAAUUUGUUAUAGUUUUUAUUAUACCAUAUUCAAAAUAUCAACAAGUUUCAGAAGAACUUCAAAAUUCAAUUUAA